CUGUAGUUUUAGAGACAUUUCACUACGCGCCUUAAAGAAAAAAUAUUUCGCGGGAAUUAAAAUCAGAAAAACACAACACGCAGCAACUCAAACAAAACAGUGACUAGAGAACUGUGAAAUAACAUUAGAUAAAAUGAGUUUGUGGGUGGACAAAUACAGACCUACUUCUCUGGGGAAACUGGACUACCACAAAGAACAAGCAAAUCAGCUGAAAAACCUGGUCCAGUGUGGGGACUUCCCUCAUCUGUUGGUGUACGGGCCGUCUGGAGCAGGGAAGAAGACUCGUAUUAUGUGUCUGCUGAGAGAACUGUACGGAGCCGGAGUGGAGAAACUACACAUCGAACACCAGACCGUUACGGCUCCCUCUAAGAAGAAGAUUGAGAUCAACACCAUAGCCAGUAACUACCACCUGGAGGUCAACCCAAGUGAUGCUGGUAACAGUGACCGUGUGGUUAUCCAGGAACUGAUCAAGACUAUGGCCCAGUCUCAACAGAUCCAGACCAGCACCCAGAGGGAGUUCAAAGUUGUCCUGUUGACAGAGGUAGACCGCCUCACGAAGGAUGCCCAGCAUGCAUUGCGUCGUACCAUGGAGAAGUACAUGUCCACCUGCCGGCUCAUCCUCUGCUGUAACUCCACCUCCAAAGUCAUUGGACCAAUCAGGAGCAGGUGUCUGGCCGUCAGGGUGCCCCUGCCCAGUACAGAGGAGGUGUGUAAUGUUCUGUCUGCAGUGUGUAGGAAGGAGGGUCUGCUUCUCCCCGCUGAGUUGGCCAAACAGAUAUCAGAGAAGUCUGGACGCAACCUCCGCAAAGCACUGCUGAUGUGUGAGGCCUGCAGAGUGCAACAGUACCCGUUCUCAGCAGACCAGGACAUCCCAGAGACCGACUGGGAGGUUUACCUGAGAGAGACGGCCAACGCCAUCGUCAGUCAGCAGAGUCCUCAGAGGUUGUUAGAGGUGAGGGGGAGACUGUAUGAGUUGCUGACUCACUGCAUUCCUCCUGAGAUCAUCAUGAAGGGCCUGGUAACAGAGCUGCUAGGUAACUGUGACGGGCAGCUGAAGGCAGAGGUGACUCACAUGGCAGCCCACUACGAACACCGACUGCAGCAGGGCAAUAAGGCCAUCUACCAUCUGGAGGCCUUCACCGCCAGGUUCAUGGCCAUCUACAAGAAGUUCAUGGAGGACGGACUGGACGCCAUGAUGUUCUGAGCUCGCUCUCCUUCUCUCUCUCCUUCUCGCUCUCUCUCCUUCUCGCUCUCUCUCCUUCUCGCUUUCUCUCCUUCUCGCUCUCUCUCCUUCUCACUCUCUCUCUUCUCUCUCCUUCUCGCUCUCUCUCCUUCUCUCUUCUCUCUCUUUCUCUCUUCUCUCUUCUCUCUCUUUCUCUCUUCUCUCAUCUCGCUCUCUCUCUUCUCGCUCUUUCUCUCAUCUCUCUCCUCACUCUAAAUCUCUCUUUCCUGUCUCCAUGACGUUCUGAUCUAACUCGACUUGCUCUUUCUCCCCCUCUUCAUCACCCUUCCUCUUCAUCACCCUUCGGGAUGCCUUGAUGUUGUGAUCUAACACCCUCUCCCUCUGCGUACCCUCCCAUAUGCCUUGAUGUUGUGAUCUAAUACCCUCUCCCUCUGCGUACCCUCCCAUAUGCCUUGAUGUUGUGAUCUAAUACCCUCUCCCUCUGCGUACCCUCCCAUAUGCCUUGAUGUUGUGAUCUAAUACCCUCCCUCUGCGUACCCUCUCAUACCUUGAUGUUGUGAUCUAACACCCUCCCAUACCUUGAUGUUGUGAUCUAAUACCCUCCCAUACCUUGAUGUUGUGAUCUAAUACCCUCUCAUACCUUGAUGUUGUGAUCUAAUACCCUCCCAUACCUUGAUGUUGUGAUCUAAUACCCUCCCAUACCUUGAUGUUGUGAUCUAAUACCCUCUCAUACCUUGAUGUUGUGAUCUAACACCCUCUCCCUCUCCGUACCCUCCCAUACCUUGUAAUAUGAGGGGGUUCAGAGGCCCAGUCUUUGAUAUCAAUAAUUGAUUCAUCUGGAUAGUGAAACCUCCGCUAUGUACUGUCUUAUUGAACCCCUGCUGUAAAAUAAAGUUGACUUUCUUUUGAAUGUC